ACUCUGACUGUUGCCUACUGCUGCUGAGGGAGUGAACUGCUGGCUUAUGCUGUUUCCAUCCAAGCAGCGAAGCACAUGAAGAGAAAGCUCCUUAUCCUCUUCUCCUAUUGCCUACGAAGAACAGAGCAUCAGCUCUGAUACUGUUGAGUCAGACUGUAAAUUGACAUCAAGACUUGGAAUAAGAGCCAUACCUGACAUUAAACCACAUGAAUUCAAGAGCAAAGGAGAAGAUAGCAACAGAUAUGCCAAAUGCGCUAAAAAGGUAAUAUCCUGAAUCCAACAGUAAAACAGCAAAUCUUUUUUGCACUAAUCCCUCUACCUAGGAGGAGAUAUUCCUUGAUACAUCACCAGCAAGCUCAUGGUCUGAACCAGCUGCUCUAGUGCCUAAUCCUAAAACUCCUACUUCUGAAAGUCCUGCAUGAUUGACAUCUUCUGAAGACAGUACCUGUUCAGUCCUGGUCAGAUAGUUUUGGCAUCAUGGCCCAGGUUGACAGGCCAGAAGCAUACAAGCUUUGUCUUCGUUAGAAGAUGUCUUAGAGAUUCUUCAAGACUCCUGCCUCUCCUACCAAGUUAAGAAGGAAAGCAUAUUACUUAUGUAGUAUUGUUGCCUAUAUGUCUGUGAAAGUUGAGAAUAUUUAUGACACUUACUCUGACUUGUACAAGCAGCCCAGAGCUCUGCCUAAUCUGCAGGUUCCUUUUUUCUAUUCCCCACUUUUCAAGGCUCAAAAGAUUUUGGGUCAGACUCCAGAAAAAUACUGAGCCCCCAUUUUCUACCAUGCAUACUCACACUGUCCUACUGAAAGCACAGAGAAAAUCCACUACCCACACAGAAUUUAAAUGAGCUAUUUUCCCAUCAAAAAUUUGUCCCAGCCUAUUACCAAGCAAGACAUGGUCCAACAUUCCCUAAAUUUAAUUAUUUUUCCUCCCAAAUGCUCUGAUACUAAAAGGAAGUGCCAUACAAGUUGGGGGCUAUCAAUGCUGUCUUUACUGCCCAACACCUUUCCUCCAAAAAUCUCAGUACAACAGAUGUUUCCCCAACACAUGAACAAUAGUAGGUCUGCCUUGCUUGUAAUGAAAGCUCCUUGAUGACUCAGGCUUUCAUAUUCCAGCCACCUGUCCUUGAAGAACAAGUCAUUGGUGCAUGAGGGAAGAAUGAAUCAAGUAUUGUCAAUAAAAGAGCUAUGUUUAAAAACCCAAAAGUCCAAAGUCAAAAUGUUUUGCAGCAACAUGUCUUUUAGGUGAAGUCUUUAUCUAAAAGCAUCAGAGCUUUUAACAUUCUGACCUAAUGUUUCAUUUUAAUCUGACUGCCAGAAUAUGAUACCCUAUUAAUAUUAUUCUGUUUAUCUCUUACGUAUACAUAGUUGUAUAUAUAGUCAACAUUAUACAUGACUGCAUCACUUUCACUGCUAUCAUUUUUCCUUCACUAAGAAGGAAAUUCAGGUCUUAAGUCAGAACAUGAUGCUUUCUGUUUACACUGAAAUUUCAGUGUUUAGGUUUUGUGUUUCCAGCUGAAAGAAACCACAGUGCAGAAACAUUAAGGUUUCUACAGGGUGAUUGAAGUGCUGUAUUCUGGGGAAGAGUUGCCCUGGCAGGACAUGGAGAUUCUGGCUGCCAACCAAGCAUACCCUGCAACAGAAACAGGGGGUCCUAACAAACCAAAAACACAUGGUGUAUGGCACUGGCUGGAUUCUUCUUCCCUUAUUCUGUGACAUCUAAUUCCAUAGACUGUGGGGCCUUCUCUUACCUAUAAGAACCAGGUGUUACCAGAGGAGACUAACAUUUAGACUUGCAUAGUCUCUCUCCGAACUUCAUAGAAUCAUGUAAUUGUAGGGGUUGGAAGAGACCGCUGGAGAGCAUCCAACCCCCUGUUAAAGCAGGUUCCCUAGAGCAGGUUACAUAGGAAAGCAUUCAGGCAAAUUUUGAACAUCUUCAAAGAAGGAGACUCCACAGCCUCUCUGGGCAGCUUGUUCCAGUGCUUUGUAACCCUCAACGUAAAGAAGUCUUUCCUCACGUUUGUAUGAAAUUUCCCAUGCUCCACUUUCUACCCAUUGCCCCUUGUUCUGUCACUGGGCAUCACCAAAAAGAGCCUGGCCCCAUGCAUUUGAUUCCUGUCCAUUAGAUAUUCACAAGAUCUCUACUCAGUCUUUUCUUUUCCAGGCUGAAAAGUCCCUGAUCUUUCAGCCUUUCCUCAUUAGGAAGAUGCUUCAGGCCCCUGAUAAUUGUUGUGGCUGUCCACUGAACUCACUCUAGAAGUUAUCUGGGGAAAAUAUUCUUGAUUUGGUGAGCCCAGAAGUGGACAUGGUGCUCCAGAUGUGGCCUCACCAGGGCAGAACAGAGGGGGAGGAUCACCUCCCUUACCUUCUGGCCACUUUUCUUGAUACACCCCAGGAUACCACUGGCCUUCUUGGUCACCAGGGCACACUGCUGGCUCAUGGCCAACUUGUUGCCCACCAGCACACCCAGGUCCUUCUCCACAGAUCUGACCUUUCCAGCAGGUCAGCCCCUAACCUGUACUGGCGCAUGCAGUUACUACCCCAUGGGUGUAGAACUUUGUGCUUACCCUUGUUGAACCUCCUAAGGUUCCUCUCUGCCCAGGUCUCCAGUUAAAGUGAGCAGAAGAUGCACUAAGCCUAAGUGGCUCACAGGAGCAUGACAAGGGAUUAAACUCAUUUCUUACCUAAAGCUACCACAUACAGGCUAGGCUAUUUUUGAACUUUGUUUCAUUUCUCUCAUUUUUCCUUCUAGAUAGACAACUUUUUUUGACUAUGCAUUACAAGAAACUGGAAACUCCAUAUUCCAAGCAAGUAUCAGUAACCUUGGAUUAAGAGAGAAGAUUCCCAACAGACUCCAACUCUCCCCAUCUCAUGCAGGGAUAAACCACCUGCUAUUGGAAAAGCUAUCAGAAAACUUGCUGUUUUUGGAAAAUAGCACUUGCAAAGACCAAAGUUAUACAAUCCCUUGCAGAUCAAUUUGAAAGAAGAAUCAAAGCGUUUCACCUUCCAAAGGAGGUGACCUACUAGAAGCAGCAGCCAAGGAUUUUGAGGACAAAAGAGGAGAUUGGUGGUCAUGUAAAAUACAAGUCUAGCACUUGUUAUCAUUAUGAUAGCAACUAUAAUUUAUGAAGGCAUAUGUCAUGGAGUCUGCUAACUCUGUGAAACGGUUAGAGGACAAGAGGAUGGAGCAUUUCUUCCUGGAUUCUACAAAAAAGACAGAUCACCAUUGGUCUUAAGCCUCUUCUUUUGACCUACUCUUUGAGACCAGUGAGGUAAGAUAUUAAAGUUGAAAGUAAAUAGAGAAAAUGUAGCAAAAUUGACAGCAAUGACUGAGAUUUAUUUCAAAUUCCAUGGAAACUUGACUGGACGUGUUCACUUUCCAACUCUGGCUACAGAAGUAGACAACACAGCAGAUAAAUAUUCUGGUCUCUAUGUGUAUGCGGUAUUGUUCUUAACACUUCUGGCUAUUCUUCUCAUAUUGCUAUUCACCAUGCUUUUGCGCCUGAAGCACGUUGUUUCCCCAGUCACCACACCUCCAGAGAGCACUGAGAAUGUCCAGCAGUUCACAGAUGUGGAAAUGCACUUCAGGAUUCCUACCACUUAGAGACCCCGAUGAAAAGAGGUGGUGGAAGGAACUUCUGCCCACCUGUAUAAGCCCUAUAACUUACUGCAUAACCAUCAAUGGCAGCACAGAAGACCUGGUGUCAUUAACUCAGACACUGACUAGCUGGGACCCACUGGCUGUAAACCAGGCAACAUGUGCAAGUCCCUCAAUAAAAUUUACAUUAUGAAA